UCACGAUAGAAGUGAUACGCUCUUCGAAAAUAUUGCGCAACGCUUGGAUCGGCUGUGGGGAGCACGCCAAUCUUCGAGGGCCAUACAUAAUCUGUUGAAAAGAGGGGCAGACUUGCCUGGAGAAAUUGGAUGAGCACGAAAUACCUACAAUUCAUGAACAGCAUUGGGUAACGGAAUAGAAGUGUUGGGCGAGAAAAACAAAUUUGCUCAUCGGGCGAGAUUGUGGUACUGCACUCAACCCCACUUCCGUUGCUAUCGUGAAGCAGGGUAUAAGACGUGUUGCCUUUCCAAAAUUCAUCCAGCCAAUCUGAAACAUCUUGCUCACAAUGAGCUCUUUCGACCGUCGUUCGUCGGGCCAAACACAUGUCAAGUCCCGUCCAACCACGCCGUCACACCAAGGCGCCCCACCAGAGACUCCCGUCACAAAAAUCAGGGCUGGGACAACACCGAAAUUGUCAAAGGACAAGAACGCUGCUGGAGAAGUCAACCGCGCACGGGGCGCCCGAUCACCUUCAGCAAGCAUUGACAAUGUAACACCAAGUCCCGAUAAUGCAGCCGAUCUCAAGGGUCGGGACUCGCACGACCUUUCGCUCUCGCCUCGUCACGUUACACGAGAUUCCAUCGUCGACCAUAUGCUCUUGUCCCUCGAUCAGAUCUCCAUUGGCGGUGGCGCCGCCGAAGUCGCGCGGCCCUACCCAUCCUUUGACCGCGACGAAUCGUCGGUCCUGCCUCCUCGGGCCCCUCGCCGUCGAGGUCAUACUUGUACCAAUUCUCUGUCCUCUGACUACAAUUUAUUUACAGCAGAAGGCUCCGAACGUCUCACCGCCUUUGGCUCACGCCGCCCGAGGAGCAAUAGCAGCGCUCAUUACCCUGCUGGUCUCGACAGAUUGGAGAGUGUCCGAGCAGACAUACAAUCGGCUGGAGGAUCGCAUUCGCGCGGUGGGACCGGUAAAAAGAGCAGCAACGGCAGUGGAUCGUCAAGUGUUGAAUUUGGUUACGCCCAGACAUAUGGCAGCAAUCGCUGGGUCUAUUCACUUGAUCAUCGCCUCGAUGACCGGCUAGUUCAUAGCUCUCCGACCAACUUGUCGACAAUGCCGGAAGCCGACUUAUCUCAUCUCUACACAUCUUAUGAUGACUACGACGCUGCACCCACACCGACCGUCCCGGCUGGUCCGCGACGGAAUCAGUCUUCUCCCUCACCAAGCAUUCACAAUUCGCAAACGGCCCACCAUGGCGGCCUCCCGGCCCCUUUGUUCAUGCGUAGUGACAGUCGUCCCGCCUCUGGUAGUGGCCACAACGUUCGACGACCGGCGCCUUUGGGACACGCGGCCCUGCGAGAAGGCUUUGGUGGGUUUAAUGACGAACUCAUGGUGCCAACUGUCUUGGAUCCACCGGCCCCAAGCCCAACCAUAUCUUUCCAUAAGCAAUCACCUGUCGCGGUACCUCCAGCCUCGACACCGCCGGCCAAGAGCCGACCGGGCUUUUUUCGACGCGUAUUUGGAUCCUCGAAGACUUCACCAUUGCAACGUAAUAUGAGCGCGCCUCAGCUUCCACCCGUAGGACUUCUCUCACAGAGUCGUAGCAGACCUGGAUCACAGGGCAAAGUUGAGUCCCCUGCUUCACAGCCAAGCCCAGCUCCUCGGGCCAUUUCCGACGAAAACACGCCCAUCACAGCUCGGACGCAACCAUCUACCCUAAAUAAAAAGCCUUCCUCCUUCUUUCGUCGCAGAAAGCGAUCGAUUUCGGUCCAGAAUGCACCGCCAGUCGUCCCAAGUCUUCUCCAACCACCCAGCUUCACAGAUCAGGCAAUUCCUGAUCCUAGUCCGGUGAGCAGUCUACGUACUGCUAUGAAUCCCUAUCUGAGAGGGGACGAUCAGCGCGCGGGAAAGAAACCGGAGGCGAAGGUAGAAAAUGCCACUGUCAAUGAUAAAGAGGAGGAGGAGGAGGACCGACCCCGGGGAUUUUCUCCCGGUUAUCAGCCACACAAGAAUGCAACCAUUCGAGCAGUAAAGUCUGCGGAGGAGGAAGGCGAUGAUGUGGCAACGCCGAGUAGAAGGAAAGAAAAAAGGUCGCCGCUGCCAAAUUUUGACAACGCGCCCAGGUCAAGGUCGAGUGACAAUGGGACGCAUGGGCGAAGCAAACCCGAAGUUUACGAAGGAUCAUUCCUCCACGACAAUAGCGAAGAGGAAGAGGACGAAGAGCAUGAUGAUGAUCAUCCUCAUCAUUUGGAUAGAUCAGCCGGACCUGAUGCUGUAAAGACCAGCGCCGGUCCGACUCCUGUUAUGAGCGAAAAUCAAGCAGCAGGGUCGAGACAGAAGUCAAAGCUGGGUGAUUUGGUGCCACAGCCUUCUCUUUUGGUCCCUGAUGCCGGUAUGCAAAAGUCGCAGAGUGACAGCGCACUUUCAAUAGGUGCAAACAACAGGACCGGGUCAGGGGAAAGGAAGAAGCAAACGAUUGGCUCUGACAGAAGCUCUCCAACUCCGCAAGAUGGUCGUUUGACCCCGCAUUCUGGGCUUUCCCUUCCUCUUGAAGGACCGACGCUUUCUACAAAAGCUUCCGUCUCUAGUAUCAGCGAUUACAAGUCAGCCGCAAGUCUACCAAUCGUGCAAAUUGAUGACGAGGAGAUAAUUAAGCAAGAGUCGACGACCACAAAGGAUGCCACGGAGCAGAAGAAGGAGAUUACAGAGGAAGACCGCGAAAGGGCUCAGGAUAUCUUUGAUGGAGGUGAGCGCUUUGUGAGCAAAGUCCAGGCGGCGGGCUGGCUAGGUGAUGCAACUCUUGUUAGCGAAAGAACAAGAAUCGCCUUCAUGGAAUUAUUUGACUGGUCCAGCAUGAGUAUUUUGUUCUCGAUGAGAAGCCUCUGCAGCAAACUUGUUCUCCGUGGCGAGACUCAACAAGUCGAUCGAAUUCUCGACGCUUUUGCAUCUCGAUGGUGCGAGUGCAACCCAAAUCACGGGUUCAAAGCGAAAGAUGUCGUGCACACAAUAGCCUACUCUCUACUUCUUCUUAAUACGGAUCUGCAUCUUGCCGAUAUCGAGUCGAAGAUGACGCGCAAUCAAUUUAUCAAGAAUACUGUUCCUACCGUACGGCGUGUUGCGCUUGAUUCGGCCCCGGGUGAGGUGGAGACUAUCAGAGCGUCGACUACUCCAUCCAGAGGGCCAAUUCCGUGGGUGGAGCCGGGUUCUCUGGGCGAGCGGGCUUCCACACUUCCUCCUGAAACAAAGGAGCGACGGCCAUCUAACGAGGGCACUCGGCCAACUCAGACAUUGCUGAAACGAUUUUCGCAGGCUUCCGGUCAGGAUGAAGUUUUUGGCGAACGCCCGUUCGACGAAUGCGGUCCCCUUGUCAAUAAACCUUUUACUGGGUCAGAAAAAGCGUGGGAAUUCCUCAUCGAGGCGAUUUUGAGAGCAUGCUAUAAUUCCAUUCGUCAAAAUCGACUUCCGCUGCACGGCGUCAUCGGCGAGCGUGGAACAGAGUCACAGACUUCAUCCAGCAAUAACUUAUCUGUUAACACUCAUGGUGUGCUUCGUCGGAGUCCUAGUACAAUCAGCAAGGCGCCGUCUGAAAAUUUCAGUUUCCGUGGCAGACCCAUGGACAGUCGAUCAACGACGGGGCGAUUGACAUCCAAGACCCGAUCUCGUCCUCGCAUUUAUCAUCAUUCCACGGUGAGCUCAAGCCGCACCAGCCUCGACGACCAAUCCUCGGUCUUCAGCCCGUCUACCUCCUCCAGUACUUGGAGUAAAUAUUCCUUGGGCAAAGUCAACUCUGCAUAUUCUGUAGAUACAUUUGUCUCUGGUCAACUGCCAGGCGAUUAUAAGCAGUCCAUCGGGUUUGCAAAUGCUCUUAGCCAAGCCAUCAUCCGAGAAGAAACCGCCUAUUCUGGAGGGUCAGAGGAAUCGAUCCGACCACUUCUCGAAGACGAAACGCUUGAGCUGGCGGGCGCGCCAUGGGCCAAAGAAGGUAUCAUUAAGCAUAAGCAUCACCUUGACGCAGCAGACAAGAAAUCCAAGGAUCGGACAUGGACCGAAUGCUUUGCCGUAGUGGAAAAGGGCUGGAUGAGACUAUUUUCCUUUCACGCUAAGAGCGCUUCGACGCGCAACAAGAAUCGAAAUCGCCCCGCUGUAGGCGGCGUUGUUGGGGGCGGAAACUGGUCUGAGAAUGCCGAAGACCUGGGUAGUUUCAUGCUUCGACAUACGAUUGCAUCCGCACUGCCGCCACCAGGAUAUUCCAAGUCACGUCCUCACGUUUGGGCCCUCUCUCUUCCUUCUGGUGCUGUGCACUUUUUCCAAGUUGGCACGCCAGAGAUUGUCAAAGAGUUUGUGUCCACGGCCAACUAUUGGAGUGCCCGUCUCUCGAAAGAACCUGUCAUGGGAGGAAUUAGUAACGUUGAAUAUGGCUGGAGUGAUGCAGUGAUCAACCCGGCUUUGAUUGGCUUGGAUGGCUCUUCAGGUGUACCAGCUGCUGGACCCCCGGCGCCUGCUGCUACGGCUGGUUCUCGGCCCAGUCUGCAGAGUUCGAUUCGCAGUUCCAUUGAUCACGGGCCUCUGUCACGGGCUCGCCUGCCUGGUGACCGUGUCAUGAUUAGUGAUUGGACUCCCCCGCAGCAGAGUAUGAUGGCAAGCGUCCUAUUGGAGGAGGACCAGUUGAGCAGUCUUAAGGCCUAUGUAAAGAAUGUGGAGACGGAGUUACAGAAGCAUAACGAGCUGAGGUCUCCGCUUUUGCUUGCUUUCUCUCCUCGUCAUCCGAACGCCACCAAAGCACUUGCCAACUGGGAACGCAAAUCAUCAUAUCUACUCAAGGAGAUUGUCAAAUUUAGGACGUACAUUGAUAGUUUAAAUCACGCGCAGACGCAAAAAGCGCAGGUUUAUGCUUCACGGCCGGAGUCAUCGGCUGGGAAAGAGACUGUACCCGUGCAGGAGGAGCAUCAGGGAAAGUGUGAUGAGGAGGUAAAGGCGGCAGACGAGGGGGCGGAUCCAAAGGUCAUGCAUGGUCAGACCGUAGAGAAGGAGUGAUGAAAAAUGGCCGCUCAAGGUCAACGGUGGAUAAGUGCUGAUUUGUGGUUUAUUCGGAGUUUAACAUUUGGAAAGUAGACCAUGGAACUUUUGAGUCAUUUGAGUUUUUAAGCGUGUUCAAC